AUGCUAUCUUUGUUCGGCGAGGCUCUGUCGUCUGUCGUCUUCCCUCGAGACAGUUCUCAUAUUGUUGAUACCGGCUAUGCAAAAUUCCGUGGUAACUUCACGGAACCGUUCAGUCUGGCCUUCCUUGGUGUACCGUACGCAGAACCACCUGUUGGUGACCUACGCUUCCGCGCACCAGUCCCGUUGGAUACUGAAAAGCUGAAAGGAAAUGGCGGUGUCAUUGACGCAACUAGCUAUCCCAACUUUUGUGUUCAAGGUAGUAUAGGAGAAGGUGAUGCUGGAGGUGCUGGAAGUGAAGACUGUCUGAAGAUCAAUAUUUACACGCCUGUGAAUGCGACUUCAAAGAGCAAAUUGCCCGUUCUAUUUUAUAUUCAUGGAGGAGGCUAUGUUUAUGGGAAUCCUCGAAACUGGCCGUUCGAACAUUGGAUCAACCAAUCCCCAAAUGUCGUCGUAGUUUCCGUGUACUACAGGCUCGACUCUUUCGGUUUCCUCGCACAUCCUGAUUUCUCGAACCCGUCCAUUGCGGAUCUUAAUGCUGGGAUGAAGGAUCAACUGCUCGCAUUGAGAUGGGUGCACGAUAAUAUCGAAGCCUUUGGAGGUGAUCCCGAUCAGGUGACGAUCAACGGACAGAGCGCAGGAGGAGGAAGUGUUGAGAUCCAUAUGAUUGCGAACGAAGGCUCUGAAAAACUAUUUUCCGGAGCAAUUGCACAGAGUGUUGACAGAGAGAUUCUGCCGCUUCCAGAGCAGCAGGAGCCAUUGUUCGACUUCUAUGCGGAACAGGCGGGCUGCGGAGGUCUGAGCUCUGUUAGCGCUACCGUUUCCUGCCUCCGAAAGGCAUCGAUAAGUGCCCUAGCCCGCGCUCAAGACGCAGGUGCGUCGUUCAAUGGAUCUCUGUACAACAAAUGGCGUCCGGUCGUAGACGGCAGUCUGAUCCCCGACUAUCCUACGAAGUUGCUGGCAGAGGGUAGAUUCCUACACGUUCCUCUCAUUGCAGGAGCCACAAGCAACGAGACCGGGGGAGGAACGAAUAAUCUCACUGCUGUGUUGCACCCUGCGUACCCUUUGCUAAAUGCAGCCGAGCUCGAAAAGUUCAACCAAGUGUAUAACCCCGCCCAGUUUUCUUCCGAGGAGGAGUGGAUACGCACAGCAACUGGUGAACCGGGGUUGAGAUGUGGGAGAGAAAUGAUGGGUGCUGCGGGAGUUAAAAACUCCAAGGCUUGGACUUACCGGUACAACCAGCCGAAUCCCACGCAAAAUGAGCCAGGUAUCACAGAGCACGCCGCGGAGAAUUGGAUGAUGUUCUUGGGUACCAAUACUGGUACGAAUGGCAGCACUGUAUUCACAGGCCUCGACCCUGUCGAGACGGCGUUCAGCGAAGAGCUGAUAGCCUACUGGCUCUCGUUUGUCCGAACGAAGGAUCCGAACACAUUCAAACUUGAGCGGUCGCCGUUCUGGCCAGACUUCUCUACCAACAAGAGGGCCGUACUGCAGCAGGACCAGCAGAAUGAGACACGGGCUAGUAGUAUUUUCGUGGAGGAGGAGGAUGCAGCCAAGAGUCGAUGUGCAUUUGUAGCGUCAGUAGUUGAGCAUAUGCAGGAUUAG